UUGACUUGCAAAUUGAGAUGCAGGUACUAGAGCUGUAUCAGGGCAGACAAGAGUACGCUACUCAACUUCAGGAGGAGCAGAAAUGAUGCGAAGCAAUUUUAUUGGACUGACACUUUUCAGCGUGACUUGUUUUGUUCUGCUUUUAUUUUACAACAAAGAGGGCACUUUAUACAUUUCGUCGAAGCAAUAUAAUAUUGCAAAUGGAAACGACACCCUUUCCCGGUUGAUAACAGAACAUGCUCAAAUGAAGACCAACGUCCUAAAUGGCAGUCACGAAGAGACACGGAGGCCACCCACAAAGAGCAAGACUUUGGGACGCUGCCCUGACACCCCUCCAACACUUGUGGGUCCACUCCAUGUGGAGUUUGAUUCUCAACGGACUUUGGACGACGUGAGAGAGAUGAUCAGUUCUUCUCUUCGGGAGGGAGGACGGUAUAAGCCGCCAGACUGUGUUGCCCAACAGAAGGUGGCGAUCAUCAUCGCAUUUCGCAAUCGGCACGAGCACCUUACUCAUUGGCUGUAUUACCUCCAUCCUAUAUUGAUACGACAGCAGUUGGACUACACAGUGUACGUCAUCAACCAGGAUGGAGAAGGCGUGUUCAACCGGGCUAAACUGAUGAAUGCAGGCUACGUGGAAGCAAUGAAGCAAUAUGACCACGACUGCUUUGUCUUCUCGGACAUAGAUUUGGUCCCUCUGGAUGACCGUAACCUUUAUAGAUGUUUUGACAAUCCUCGACACUUGGCUGUGGCUAUGGACAAAUUCAACUUCCAUUUACCCUAUAAAACUUACUUUGGUGGAGUUUCCUCAUUGUCUAAGGGCCAAUACUUAAAGAUUAACGGCUUCCCGAACACGUUCUGGGGCUGGGGGGGUGAAGACGACGAUAUCUAUAACCGAAUCAUCUUCCGUGGCAUGUCCAUUUCUCGACCGGACUCAGUGACGGGAAAGUACAGGAUGAUCAAACAUAAGAGAGACUUGCACAAUGAGGAGAAUCCAAAGAAUGCUGGUAAACUGCGCCAAACCAAGCAGACCAUGAAUAAAGAUGGACUCAGUUCUCUCAAAUACACAGUGAAGGAGAUUAAGAAGGAUAUACUGUACACUUUUAUCAAUGUGGAUAUUGAGGCUCCGCUUAAAUGAAU